AUGGGGAAGCUCGAGGACAACGAGAGGGUGAUCCUCAACGUGGGGGGCACGCGGCACGAGACCUACCGCAGCACCCUGAAGACCCUGCCGGGCACCCGCCUGGCCCUGCUCGCCGCCGAGUCGCAGGGCGAGUCUCCGGGCGCCGAGGAGCCGCCGCCGCCGCCGCCCCCCAACGCGGCCCCGCCGGCGGGCGGCUGCCCCGAACCCGGCAGCGGCUGCAGCCCGCGGGGCGGCGGCGGGGCCAGCGAGUUCUUUUUCGACCGCCACCCGGGGGUCUUCGCCUAUGUGCUCAACUACUACCGCACCGGCAAGCUGCACUGCCCCGCCGACGUGUGCGGGCCGCUCUUCGAGGAGGAGCUGGCGUUCUGGGGCAUCGACGAGACCGACGUGGAGCCCUGCUGCUGGAUGACCUACCGGCAGCACCGCGACGCUGAGGAAGCGCUCGACAUCUUCGAGGCGCCCGAUCUACUGACGGGCGAGCCGCCUCCCGACGGCGACGACGACGACAUGGCGGCCAAGCGGCUGGGCAUCGAGGACGUGGCGGGGGCCGCCGAGGGCAAGGGUGGGCGCUGGAGGCGGCUGCAGCCCCGCGUCUGGGCGCUCUUCGAGGAUCCCUACUCCUCCCGGGCCGCCAGGUUCAUCGCCUUUGCCUCCUUAUUCUUCAUCCUAGUUUCAAUCACAACCUUUUGCCUGGAAACGCAUGAGGCUUUCAAUACUAUUAUAAAUAAAACUGAGCAUGUUGUCAAUGGAACAGAAACUGUACCACAGUAUGAAAUUGAGACAGAUCCAGCCCUAACGUAUGUGGAAGGAGUCUGCGUAGUUUGGUUUACAUUUGAAUUUUUAGUGCGUGUUAUUUUUUCCCCCAACAAACUUGAAUUUAUCAAAAACCUCUUGAACAUCAUUGACUUUGUGGCCAUCCUGCCCUUUUACUUAGAAGUGGGCCUGAGCGGGCUCUCCUCCAAAGCUGCUAAGGAUGUACUUGGUUUCCUCAGGGUAGUAAGGUUUGUGAGGAUCCUGCGAAUCUUCAAGCUCACACGGCACUUUGUGGGCCUCAGGGUGCUGGGCCACACUCUGAGAGCCAGCACCAAUGAAUUUUUGCUGCUGAUAAUAUUCUUGGCACUCGGUGUUUUGAUAUUUGCCACCAUGAUCUACUACGCAGAGCGUGUGGGAGCUCAGCCCAAUGAUCCAUCAGCAAGCGAGCACACGCAGUUCAAAAAUAUCCCUAUUGGCUUCUGGUGGGCUGUAGUCACCAUGACCACCCUGGGAUACGGGGACAUGUAUCCACGGACUUGGUCAGGUAUGCUGGUGGGAGCCCUGUGUGCGUUAGCAGGGGUGCUCACCAUAGCCAUGCCUGUGCCUGUGAUUGUUAACAACUUUGGGAUGUAUUACUCCCUGGCCAUGGCAAAGCAGAAACUGCCGAGGAAGAGGAAGAAGCACAUCCCUCCGGCUCCACAAGCUAGCUCUCCCACCUUCUGCAAGACAGACUUGAACAUGGCCUGCAAUAGCACACAAGGGGACAUCUGCCUGGGCAAGGACAACCAGUUGAUGGAGCACAACAGAUCAUCAGUGUUAUCAGGUGAAGACAGUGCAGGAAGUGAGCAGCCACUCUCACCUGGUGAAAGGCUCCCUCCCAUCAGACGCUCUAGUACCAGAGACAAAAACAGAAGAGGGGGAACAUGUUUCCUACUGACAACAGGGGAUUACACGUGUGCUACUGAUGGAGGGAUCAGGAAAGUGUUGUACAGAAUUUAUCAUGGAUUUUUGACUGCUGAAAAAGGGACAAUGGAAUUUAGCCAUACCAAGGACUGUACUGGAAAGAGACUGCUGCUGCUGAAUGGGCCCUGAUAAACAGCUCACGCCUUGAGGAGGUCACUGAGGCUUUACAUGGGAAGU